CAGAUAAUUUUUUUCAUCCUUGGUAUAUUUGGUGUGUAAAGUUACAUUGUUUUAACAGUUGUUGUCAAUAAUAUACUAUGUUUUUAUGAUUACACAAAUGUUAUACAUGGUUAAAAAUUUGAAAUAUUCGAUGUAAGUUGAUCUUCGAUAGAGUCGAUUUGUCAACUAAGAAACCGUUGCGUUCAACCUGUAUAAGCGCGUUACGACUGAGUACUGAGCAUUGGCAUUUUGGUGUUAAGUUCUGCAAGACGUAGACUGUAAUACUUCCAAACAAUUUACUUGUUCAUCCGUUAAAAGCUAUUCGAGACACAAUAUCACAACGACUAUUUAUAUUUAAUAACUGAGGAAUGGCACAAUUCAACUUUAUAAAUGAACUUAAUAGUGCUUUGAGGAUGGAUGAUCCUAUUACUAAAGGCCCUCUACCCAGAUGGCAAAGGAAAGUUCUGGAAGGAAGUUCAAGCAACAACAGCACAAUCAAUUCAAGUAUGAACAAGUCUAAGAGCAAAACUCCAAACAAAUUGGACAUGAAGAAGACCCCUUCAAAAACUCCUAAACCUUCUCCUGCUAGAGGGAAAUCCCCCUGUGGUGGAGAUAGAUUUAUUCCUAACCGGUCUGCAACUGAUUUUAACAUGGGUCAUUUUAAAUUGACAUUGGAUGACAAUGAUGAAGCUGAGAACGAGCUGAAAUCACCAAAUAAACUUGAACAGGAGCGAAUAAUGAAAGAGAAUUUGCAUGGAGGCCACGAUCCUUCCAAAACCCGCAUACUCGCUUUCCAAAAGAAAGCACCGCUCCCUGCUGAUGGCCACCAAAAUCACUUAAAAGUUGUUUAUUCUCAGUCAAAAACACCUUCAUCCAAAUCAACAUCACGCUACAUACCUCAAGCUCCAGACCGUAUUCUAGAUGCUCCAGAGAUAGUAGAUGAUUAUUAUUUAAAUUUAAUUGAUUGGAGCCAGAGAAACAAUAUUUUGGCUGUAGCCUUGUCAAAUAGUGUCUAUCUUUGGAAUGCAGCGACUGGUACGAUCAACCAUCUUGUAGAACUCGAAGGCUCUGAUUAUGUCUGUUCUCUGAGUUGGGUCAAGGAAUCCGAUAUGCUGGCCAUUGGCACAAGCCUCGGCGACAUCCAGGUGUGGGACGCAGCACAGAGUAAACGACUGAGAGUGAUGGAUGGCCACAGUGCUCGUGUAGCUUCUCUUUCAUGGAAUUCCUACAUACUGAGCAGUGGAUGCCGCUCCGGCAUCAUUGUUCAUCAUGACGUGCGGCAGAGAAACCACAAUGUGGCACAGAUAAAUGCUCACUCUCAAGAGGUCUGUGGACUUAAGUGGUCUCCUGAUGGUAAAUACCUUGCAAGUGGAGGUAAUGAUAACGUUCUCAAUAUUUGGCAGUCUGUCCAGGAUGACUUUUAUUCUCAAGCAAACCCUCUUCAUUCCUUCCGGCUUCAUCAAGCUGCUGUAAAGGCAUUAGCUUGGUGCCCCUGGCAAGCGGGGCUUUUGGCAAGUGGUGGUGGUACAGCUGACAGGCAUAUAAGACUUUGGAACUGUAACACCGGUGUCAACACACUUUCAAUAGACACAAAAUCUCAAGUUUGUGGGCUUUUGUGGUCUCCAACUUUCAAAGAAAUCAUCUCAGGUCACGGGUAUGCCAACAACGAGCUGAUCAUCUGGAAGUAUCCUUCAAUGACAAAAGUGGCAGAGCUCACAGGACACACGGCCAGAGUCCUUCACCUAGCCAUGUCCCCUGACGGGACCACCGUUUUGUCGGCAGGAGCCGACGAAACCCUCCGGCUAUGGAAAUGUUUUGCCUCUGACCCAAAACAAAAGAAAGAGCUCACAGAUUCAAAAUUGCUGGGAAACAGCAUUUUCAAGAGGGGCAUACGAUAAUGCAAAUAAAAAAGUUAUUCCUAAAAAUA